AAGUCUAAACACUUUUUUGUUUGCCAUUCAAUUGGAUAUUAUUUACUGUAUAUUAAGUAUAUUAAGUAUAUUAAGUAUAUUAAGUAUAAAGUGAUAAUAAACUAAAAUAUCAAAUAGUUAUUAAACAAAGCAUUCAUUGAUUGAUUGAUUGUUUAUAUAAUGAAAACAUGAAAUCAUCGGUUAUUGUUUGUCUGUUAUUUGCAUUGAUUAUCACCGAAAUCAGUGUCGAGUCGUCGACCGAAUCCAAUACCGGCGGUGACAAUGAUAUUAACAAUUUGUUUAAUUUGAAAUCUUCGCGACAAUUAUUUGACGAGUUUGUCAUCAAAUACGACAAACCGUACAGAAAUGAAACUCAAGAGUACGACAGAAGACAUGCCAUCUUCGAGAAGAAUCUAAUGACCAUUCAGUUGCUUAAUGACAAUGAAUUGGGUACAGCUGUCUAUGGGAUCACACAGUUUGCCGAUCUGUCAUCGCAUGAGUUUCGAAAAUUUUAUACCGGUUUUCGGCCCGAACUUCAAGUAAACGACAAAAACUUGCGCCGAAUAUACGCCGAUAAUAUCCGAUUACGAGAUUUGCCGCAAAACUUUGACUGGAGAUCAAAGUCUGGUGUUGUGUCGGGCGUCAAGAAUCAGGGAAUGUGCGGUAGUUGUUGGGCGUUCAGUGCCACCGGUAAUAUAGAAGGGGUGACCGCUGUUGUCACUAACAAAUCGGUCUCACUUUCAGAACAAGAACUGGUUGAUUGUGAUAAAUAUGAUCAGGGAUGCAAUGGAGGACUUCCCACAAAUGCCUUUAAGACUAUUAUUGAUUUAGGUGGAUUAGAGUCUGAGUCGGACUAUCCCUACGAUGGACGCRACGAGAAAUGCCAUUUCAAUAAAAGUCUGUCGAAAACAUCUAUUGAUUCCUAUGUUGUUUUGCCGGAAGACGAGAAAGCCUUAGCCCAAUGGCUCUACCAGUUUGGUCCCAUCUCUAUCGGGAUUAACGCCAAUGCAAUGCAAUUUUAUUUUGGCGGUAUAUCUCAUCCGAUGAAAUGGAUGUGUAAUCCUAAAAAUCUGGAUCACGGCGUACUUAUCGUAGGGUUCGGUAUCGGCAAAACUAAAAUAACGCAUAAACUGCAGCCCUAUUGGAUCGUUAAAAACAGUUGGGGUCAGAGCUGGGGUGAAAAAGGAUAUUAUCGAGUAUAUAGGGGUGAUGGCACCUGUGGUCUCAAUUUGAUGGCUUCCUCCGCUUGGAUUGAUAUUCAUUCAAAGUACUAAAUGGAUAAAAAUUUAAUAUAUAGAUCUAUAUAUAUAUAUAUAUAU